CCAGGAUGAGCAAACCAGCUGGAUCAACAAGUCGAAUUUUGGAUAUUCCAUGCAAAGUAUGUGGAGAUAGAAGUUCUGGAAAACAUUAUGGCGUCUAUGCCUGUGAUGGGUGUUCAGGAUUUUUCAAGAGAAGUAUUCGCAGAAACAGAACAUAUGUCUGCAAGUCUGGAAACCAGGGGGGCUGCCCUGUGGACAAAACGCACAGAAAUCAAUGCCGCGCGUGUCGACUGAAGAAGUGUUUGGAAGUCAACAUGAAUAAAGACGCUGUGCAGCACGAAAGAGGGCCAAGGACGUCCACCAUACGGAAACAAGUUGCUCUGUAUUUCAGAGGGCAUAAGGAGGUGAACGGGUCCUCGACCCACUUUCCAACUUCGUCCAUCCCGGGUCCCCCGUUCUUCACCGCCGUCACUCAGCUGGAACCUCACAACCUGGAGCUAAGCACGGUGUCCAGCACACCGGAGCGCCAGGCGAUCGUAGGGCUGGCGCAGCCCACGCCGAAGUAUCCACACGAAGUCAGCGGAACACCGAUGUACCUGUAUGAGGUGGCAACAGAGUCAGUGUGCGAAUCAGCGGCUCGGCUUCUGUUCAUGAGCAUUAAAUGGGCCAAAAGUGUGCCAGCCUUCUCUACGCUCCCCUUACCUGACCAGUUAAUCCUAUUAGAAGAUGCCUGGAGAGAACUGUUUGUUCUGGGCAUUGCGCAGUGGGCUAUUCCUGUGGAUUCUAACACCCUGCUUGCCGUUUCAGGCAUGAACACAGAGAACACAGAGUCACAGCGGUUGAAUAAAAUAAUUUCAGAAAUACAAGCUCUUCAGGAAGUAGUUACCAGGUUCAGGCAGCUGCGCCUUGAUGCGACAGAAUUUGCCUGUUUGAAGUGCAUCGUGACAUUCAAAGCCGUCCCCACCCACAGCGGGUCCGAGCUAAGAAAUUUUCGUAACGCUACUGCGAUUGCAGCCCUACAGGAUGAAGCACAACUCACUCUUAACAGUUACAUACAUACGAGGUAUCCUACUCAGCCCUGCCGCUUCGGGAAGCUACUGCUUCUUUUGCCUGCUCUGCGAUCGGUGAGCCCAUCAACCAUCGAGGAAGUGUUUUUCAAGAAGACCAUUGGGAAUGUCCCUAUCACAAGGCUGCUGUCCGAUAUGUACAAGUCCAGUGAUAUAUGAAUGUCUGCUUUUGUAGAGGCGAGCCGGUGACAAAGCUCCCACAAGUGGCUCACGCAUGACACACAAGCAUUAGAAAGAGUCGAGCAGCCCAAAGAAUUCCAAUCUUAGUACUCGUGUUGAACUUGAAAAACAUCUCUACCCGGGAAAAAAGAUUUUUGACGAA